GCCUUCUGUGAAGAACUGGAAUCUAUGAUCCAAGAGCAGUUUAAGAAGGGGAAGAAUCCCACAGGCCUGUUGGCAUUGCAGCAGAUUGCAGACUUUAUGACCGCAAAUGUACCAAAUGUCUACCCAGCAGCUCCACAAGGAGGAAUGGCUGCCUUGAACAUGAGUCUUGGUAUGGUCACCCCUGUGAAUGACCUCAGAGGCUCUGACUCCAUUGCGUAUGACAAAGGGGAGAAGCUGCUGCGCUGUAAACUGGCAGCGUUUUACAGACUGGCAGACCUCUUCGGGUGGUCUCAGCUGAUCUACAACCACAUCACAGUGAGUACUCCAGACCUGUGCCCGAGUGG